CAUGUCGUGCUCUCAUUUAGAAAGAUGAUGCGUCGUUCGAGUUCAAUAAAAAGAAUUGGGACGAAGAGGGCGAUGUUCUAUUGACGCCAUUAUCCCCUCCUCUCUGUCGCCUAAAAUUCUGGUUUCCGCUUUGGGAUUUCUUUCGUAUCUGAAGAACGAAGAACAGCCACACUACCAAUCUAAGAAGAAGAAGGGAAAUUUUGAAGCUAUAGGAUUCACGAAAGAAAGAGAAGGGUGAAAAUGAAGACGACCAAAGGAGGUAAGGUGAUGAACCCUACGGAUGCUUACCGAAAGGAGCUUCGCAAGAAGGAAUUGAAACGGGAGUAUGUAAAGAAGGAGAUUGCCAUCUCAUUCACUGGAAAAUUUGGGGGGCCUGGAUAUUGGAUUGGAAGCCACAGUCCUUGGAGUCUAAACAAUUUCUGAGGUUCUCUUUUUCUGAAAUGAUUAGUGAUAUGGAUAGUUGACAACUAUGUAUCAACCUUGUAGAAGCUCAUUCCCGUGGACCUGUAUUCCAAGUCGGGAAAUGAAUAAGAAAGAGAGAAAAAAGGUAAGAGAGGUGGGAAUUUUGAAGAAAGAUCCUGAUGCAAUCAAGGAGCAAAUUCAAAAGUUGGAAAUGAUGAAGGCUGAUGGUGCCCUCGAUAAAGCUAGAAAGCACAAGAAAAGGCAGUUAGAAGACACUCUUAAUCUUGUAUUAAAGAAGAGGAGGGAAUAUGAAGAUAAAAUGAAGGAGAAGGGUGAGGUCCCAGUUAUGUUCAGUCAUUUGGGACCUCCAAAAAGACGAACAGCUGAAGAGGAAGAAGAGAGAGGGAAACAUCCAAAUCCUGAAGACUCUGUUUACCACCACCCCACACUAAAUCCCACUGGAGCUCCACCACCUGGGAAACCUCCCAUGUUUAAAUCAUCAAUUGGACCACGAGUUCCUCUAUCUGAUGCUUCUACUAGUGGUGCUGCAUCAUCCUUGAAUAUGGAGCCGGAGGAUGUUCCCUUGGCUGUACCUCCACCUCCCCCACCACCUCCUUUGCCAGACUCUGCUAAGUUGGGUUCUGCUGAUGGUCCUGCUCUACCUGAUUCCUUACCUUUACCUCCUCCGCCUCCAUUGCCAUCUAAGCCUGUAGCAUCAAACUUGGGUUUACCACUACCUCCACCACCUCCUGGACCUCCACCAAGAGAACAAGUUGCAGGCCGCCCUCCCUUUUUGUUGCCUCCACCUUUGCAGCAGUCUACCAUGAUGCUCCCUUCUGGAACCAGUGAAGGUGAAAAGGAGAGAAGUCAGUCAUCUGCAUUUUUGGAUGAUUCAACUUCCAAGAUGCCAGCUCAGGUACCUACUACUCUCCCGCCACCUCCCCCCCCACCUGGAAUGCCACCAAAGAGUGAUCUGUCUGAAGGUGUAUCAGGUGAUGAGGAGACAAAUAAUUCUUUAGGGAUUAAAGAUGUUUCUAAACUGGUUCCUCCACCUCCACCUCCAAGACCUCCUCCAGUACCUGGGCCUUCAUUGAUACCAACCUUGCAGCCUGAUGUUUUACCCCCUGGAAUAUCUCGAUUUCCCCCACCUCCACCUCCACCAGACAUGCGACCAACAUUAUCCGCACCUGGAGUUCCACUCCCACCCGGAAUGAUGGUUCCGUUAAUGGCACGGCCACCAUUUGGGCCUCCUCUUGGACCUCCACCCAUGAUGAGACCACCUCUUCCUCCUGGGCCUCCUCCCAUUUUUCAUGAAGAUGACCAUAAUGCACAUAUGCCACCUGUCCCUCAAAAGCCCUCGUAUGUUAAAUCUGCAGCAUCUACUGUUGUUAAGCGUCCGCUGGCUCAACACACUCCAGAACUUACAGCAAUGGUUCCUGCAUCAGUUAGAGUGAGAAGAGAGCUAGCAGCACCGAAGUCUAAGCCAAAACCUUCACCAUCAACUACAGCCGCACCAUCCCUACCCACAGCUCCUAUCGUAGGGAAGCCAGAGUUGGUCAGCUCGUCAUCGGCCCCAAAGAAACAGAGUAUUGAUGACUCAUAUAUGGCAUUUUUGGAGGACAUGAAGGCUCUUGGCGCUCUUGAUGAAUGAGAUAUUGAAUUGGUUUAUAUGGGAAAUUGUAGGCAGCAGGUGUAAUCGAAAAGGAGGGGAAACAAAUGGCUUGCACUUCUCAGGAACUGUCUUCAAUUUGGAGAUGAUCGGAUAAUUGCCUUCAAGGUGUGCUUUGCUGCAUCCACGGGUAGCCAUUAGUUACUCGCACUAUUGGCCCUGCUGCAUUUCUUGAUAAUGGCAUUUAACUUAGAGGCCUUAAAUUGUGUCACGUUGACAUUUUUAUAUUUGGAAAAAUUGGAAAUUGUUCGUCAGAUUUAUCUCUCAAUAGAUGUCAAGCCGAUCCCUUAUCCUUACUUUCAAAGGAAACUUAGCCCUUUCUUUUCCCUUUUUCUUUUCCUAUGAAACUGUGCAACUGACCAUUGAACAUUCAAAGCAGCUCUGGGUUUCUUUA